CCAAACUUUCAGAAGUUGAGAGAAGAAAAAAAGUAAGUUAGGUUAGUGAGAGGGCUGUGAUUUUCAACGCGCUUUAGGCUACAGUCAUAACCAAUGUCUGCGUUAGAGGAGCCGUAAACUUUUGGGAAAGUCACACGGACAGCGCUUUUAAAGAGUUCAGAUACUUCAGAAGAAGUUUAAACGACAACGUUUAGUAGAUAUGCGCGUUUCCACAUUUAUUGGGGUGUUCUCGAGAAGCAGAAAAACAGCGUUGCCUACUUUUUUCGCAAGGCUUGGAUAAUUAAUAAAGCGGACGGACAGAAAACAGCUUUGGGCUGUUUGGAUUUAAUCUUCUGGCAUUGUAUGGUUGCAGCCAAUUUUCGUAUUUCCACCAAUUUAUCCGUCGGAUAGAAAGAAGAGCUACGUUUCAUCUGGAGUCAUGGAUCCGAGCCAGCACAAUCCUCCUGCCGGCCAUCAGAUCGUCCAUGUUCGGGGAGACUCCGAGACCGAUCUGGAGGCUCUUUUUAACGCUGUGAUGAACCCGAAGAGCACCAUCGCUCCACCCUCAGUGCCGAUGAGGAUGAGAAAGCUGCCAGACUCAUUCUUCAAGCCGCCAGAGCCAAAGUCCCACUCCAGACAAGCCAGCACGGACGCAGGUACUGCUGGUACCCUCACGCCCCAGCACAUCAGGGCACACUCCUCACCCGCCUCCCUGCAGCUGGGUGCAGUUACUCCUGGCACACUGAGCAGCAUGGUUCCAUCAAACGCCCCACCUCAGCACCUCCGCCAGUCUUCUUAUGAAAUACCUGAUGAUGUGCCGCUGCCCCCAGGCUGGGAGAUGGCCAAGACCCCUUCAGGCCAGAGAUACUUCCUAAACCAUAAUGACCAGACGACCACCUGGCAAGAUCCACGUAAGGCCCUCCUUCAGAUGAACCAGGCCGCCCCGGCCAGCCCAGUGCCUGUGCAGCAGCAGAACAUCAUGAACCCUGCCUCAGGUCCUCUUCCUGAUGGUUGGGAGCAAGCUAUUACCUCAGAAGGAGAGAUCUACUACAUCAAUCACAAGAACAAAUCCACCUCUUGGCUGGACCCACGACUUGACCCGCGUUACGCUAUGAACCAGCAGCGGAUUUCCCAGAGUGCUCCAGUGAAGCAAGGCUCCCAGCUGCCCUCCAGUCCACAGAGUGGAGUGCUGGGUGGAAACAACCAGAUCAGGCUGCAGCAGAUGCAGAUGGAGAAUGAGAGACUGAGGAUCAAACAAGAGCUCCUUCGCCAGAGACCCCAGGAGCUUGCCCUGAGAAACCAGCUGCCGACCAGCAUGGAGCAUGAUGGCGGCACUCAAAACCCUGUGUCCUCCCCCAGCAUGGGACAAGACGCACGUAACAUGACCACCAACAGUUCUGACCCGUUCUUGAACAGUGGGACAUAUCACUCCAGAGACGAGAGCACAGACAGUGGCCUGAGCAUGAGCAGCUACAGCGUCCCCCGUACUCCGGACGACUUCCUCAACAGUGUGGACGAGAUGGAGACAGGCGACAGCCUCGGCCCCAGCUCGAUGGCAACACAGCCCAGCCGUUUCCCCGACUACCUAGACGCGAUCCCGGGCACAGACGUGGACCUGGGCACCCUGGAGGGGGAGAGCAUGGCGGUGGAGGGUGAGGAGCUGAUGCCAAGCCUGCAGGAAGCGCUGAGCUCCGACAUCCUCAACGACAUGGAGUCAGUGCUAGCAGCUACCAAGAUCGACAAGGAAAACUUUCUAACCUGGCUAUAGAGCACCUGGAUCCAGCGCUACGCCUUCUCUUCCAACAUGCUGAACUGCUGCCUAAUCCAAUCUGUGAAGGAUGUGUAGAUGCUUUGAGUUGAGAAAAGAAAGACAUUUCACCCUACUGGACAGUUUUUUCAUUAUCUUCUAUUCACUACAUUUGGCCGAAUUGGUUUUAAAAGCAGAGGGAUUUUAACCUUUGGUCCUUUUGGGCUUCUUUUUGUUUUCUUAAGUCUUUUUUUUCAUGUCUGCAUCCUCAAGGCUGGCCCAUGAACAGACAAGUGUCCACAAGUACCCAUAUCUCUUUCACGGCUGUACUGAGUGCAAGUAUGCGAAUGUGAAGUUGUGUGCGUGACGUGUCGUUUCUCCCCUCGCUGGGCGAACAGGGCCGAGAGGGCUCAGAGAGAAAUAAAGACAGACGAACCCCGAAAUCAACAUACCGCAACCUCCUGUGACUGCAGCUCCCGUCUCAGAACAUCCCUGAUCUCAGCUCAUUUUUUCCUCGUACAGUAAUGAGCCUGAGAAACCAAAAAGCGAUGAGGAGGUUGUCUGUAUGUGAAGGGUUUGUGAUUGUAAGGUCUAAGUCGUGUGGCUAUGGUUAAACAAAUACUGCUGCUUGGCUGUGCCAGCAUAUCACACUAGAAACUGAGUAAUCAAGUGCCUUCAGACAAAAAAAAACAAACAAAAAAAACAUGUUUCUGUAUGCUACAGAUCAUAGAUCAAAUUUGACAUUGCUUUUACUUACUAACUUCAUUAAUCAAAGUAUAUUUCUUUGCAAAGGAUUUAUAAAAAAAUAUUAUGUUGGGAAUUAGGGUCUGAUUUUUCUUUUUCUUUUUUUUUUUAAAGGACCCUAGCUUCUUCAUGUGUUAGUUUUAUUUAAGCCUGAUUCUGUUUUCUUGAGGGUUGUGGCAUUAAUGUGUGAUCAAAGAACAAAUCUGAUCUUUCUGCUCUCUUUUGAAGAGUUUUAUACAGAACAACUAUUCUAAGAGCUGCCUUGUACAUGAACUGAUUCACAAAGAACAAUAUCUAGAUGGACGCUAGCAUUUUUUCGCAACAUUUUAAUCAACCUGAUUGUUCCGUUUCAUUACCGAUAUUUUUAUUUUAUUUUACGAUUAUAGAAUCUCAGUCGGUAUGUUGUUGCUUACUUGGUUAUUUUUGUGAAAAUCUCAGAUUUUAUUUUUUUUUUUAAUCCAAAAGCAUUGAACAAAAUCUCAAGGGCACUUUGAUUAAUAGACAGACAUCUCUGAUAUGAGCUCCAGUAGAGUCUGUGCCAGUUAUGUUGAUGAUGUUUGGUGCCGAGGUGGAUAUCGGGCAGGAAGAGGAAGAUUCUGAUAGGUUUAGAUGGAUAGAUGAGCAUGUCUUGAAGGUUAGUGCUGUAGAUUAGCUGUUAGCUUGGAUUCGAGUUUGAUAACAGUGGGCAUGAAUGAUAGAGUAGACUUUUAUGGAAACAAUCAGUUAUGUUCGUUUCUGUCAGGAUUUCCAGGAGGCUUCCAAAGACUUUUUUUUUAGUAAUGAACGACAAAAAAUAAUUUAUCAUACUUUUAUAUACACAUAAGACAUAAGCUAAUGAGAAAAGUUCUAAUUGAUUUGUGAGGAGAUUUCUAAUGAAGCCAGAUCUGUCUGGUCCUCUGAUGUCAGUACUAAAGACACAUUAGGCAGGUUACCUAGGUUUGCAUUAUUUCACUAGAGCAGAACACUACAGGGACUUUGCCCAUUACAAAUUUGCUGCAGAUGCUUUGAAUUCAUUUCCUCUUGUUUACAAUAUAUGGAUACCUUUACACUACAUGAUUAUGGCUCAAUAACUGGCCCAUACACUAAAUAUCUGUUGUACUGAUUUUUUGUUUCUUAACAAAGGUGAAGUUUUAUCAGUAUAAUGUCUGUGGUCUGUUGGGGUGAAUAUACCGCUAAGGUUUAUAACGCAAUUGCCUCGUCAAGCGAAAUUUUAUGGUCAAAUUUUAUGAUCAAAAACAGCAAGCUAGGCCAUAGUAAUGAAAGUUAGAAGUUAUAGAGAAAAUAAAAGUGGUGAGAGAAGAAAAAAAAAAGCAAAGACAAGCUAAGAGAACUAUAUUUUUGCAAACAAAGUAUUGAUGGCAGACUCGAGUGGGGUAAAAUAGUGUUGGAGAGAGCAAUGCAACAAAAUGUUUUAUGAAUUGUGGGUACACUGAUGGUAUUGCACGUUUCUAAAACAUUGACUAAAAUGUGUGUCACUUAAACAUGAUUUUAUGCUUGCUUAGUUACUAUAUAUUCUGAACAGUUGCACACUGUUUACUUUUUUUUUUCUUUUGUAGUGGUAGUACUAAUCACACAAGUUAAUGGAUUGGUAUUUAGAUUUAUUUUAAAUGCACCCAGAAUGAAUUUAUAUCCUUUUAUUAUGAUCAAUGUAUGUGCAUGUACUUUAGAACCUUAAGUUCUGUUACAUUAUGUCUCUUUACAUAUUACUUUCAAAUUGGCCUGGAAUAAAGUAUAUACUUUGGUAGUUA